AUGGUGGCGGGCGGCGCCGCGCGGCUGCUGCCGCUCCCGAUCCCGCUCCUGAUCCCGCUCCCGCUCCUCCCGCGCGCCGCCGGGGCCAGGAUCAGGGCGGCGCUGCCCGGCCGGGCGGCCGCGGGGCGCCCCGGGCUGCGCGCCGGGCGCUGGGGCGCCGUGGCCUUGGCCGUGCCCGUGGCCGUGCCCGCCGUGCCCGCCUGGAAGGAGAGGCCGGGGCAGCGGGCGCCGGCGUGGGCGGGGGAGCGCGACGCGGAGCGGCCGCCCCGGGGGCUGCUGCGGCGCUUGGGGCUGGUGCUACGGCUCGGGGUGCGCGCCUGCGGGCUGGUGCUGCGCUUCGGGCCGCUGCUGCUGCUGUACCCGCUGAGCCGGCUGUGGCCCGGCAUGGGCGCUCGGUGGCUGCGGCUGCUGCGCAGGGCGGCCGAGGCCGCCGGCCCCACCUGUAUCAAGCUGGGCCAAUGGGCCAGCACUCGCAGGGACCUCUUCUCGGAGGCCUUCUGCGAUGAGUUUUCCAAGCUGCACGUCGAGGUGAGCCCGCACCCCUGGGGCCACACCGAUAUGCUCCUAAGGAAGGCCUUCGGUGAGGACUGGACGGGCAUCCUCAAGUUCCCAAGCCGGGAGCCGGUCGGCUCGGGCUGUGUCGCCCAGGUCUAUAAAGCCUAUGCUGACCUCGCUGCUGUUGCCGGCUCCUGGGCCCAGGAGCUGCAGCAACACUCGGAGUUCAGGUCUGCUUUUGAAGCGUGGGAAGUGUCAGGCUUUAGAGGUCUCUUCAAGUGGCUGAGAAGGAGGAAGAGCAAGGAGACAUGGGAUGAGAGGAGCAGGGAGGAACUGAGCCUAGCAGACUGCUCCCAGGGAAGUGCCAUGAGUAGGAUGUCCCUUAUGGAGCAGAUGGCCAAACCACUCCUGAAUGCAAAUCCUUCAUCAGCCAGACAUCUCACGCCUGUAGCCAUUAAAGUCCUGCACCCUGGGCUGGUCCACCAAGUCCAGAUGGAUCUGUUUCUCAUGAAGAUGGGCAGCCGCCUCAUUGGACUUAUCCCUGGAUUCAAGUGGCUCAGUUUGACAGAGAUCGUGGAGGAGUUCGAGAAGCUUAUGAUGCAGCAGAUUGACUUACGCUACGAAGCCAGAAAUCUGGAGCGCUUCCGACAAAAUUUCCUAGAUGUCGAUUUUGUGAAGUUUCCAACUCCCCUUUGGCCUUUGGUAACAGCAGAUGUUCUAGUGGAAACGUUUGAGGAGAGUGAGCCUAUUUCACAGUACCUGCACGCGGAGAUCGCUACAGAGCUGCGGCAGAGACUUGCAAAGAUGGGCAUGGACAUGCUGCUAAAGAUGAUCUUUGUUGACAACUUUGUCCAUGCUGACCUGCACCCCGGGAACAUCCUGGUUCAAGGCACGGCCCGGGUGAGCACCAGCUGCAAGGAGCAGACGGCCCUCGUGGACCUGUGUGACACGCUCGUGGUGGAAGUGCAGCCGCCGCUCCGGCAGCUCUGCCUGGUGCUGCUGGAUGCAGGGAUCGUGGCGGAGCUGCAGAGCGCUGACAUGCAGAACUUCCGGGCAGUUUUCACCGCUGUGGUCCAAGGACAGGGGGAGAGAGUGGCAGAGCUGAUCCUCCACCACGCCCGCGCCAACCAGUGCCAGGACAUCGAGCGGUUCAAGGCUGAGAUGGCAGAACUAGUGACCAAAGUCCGGGGGAACACCAUUGCCCUGGGGAAGCUGCAGGUGGGAAAUCUCCUCUCAAAUGUCUUCAAACUAUUGAUGACCCAUAAGGUGAAGCUCGAGAGCAAUUUUGCUUCCAUCAUCUUUGCCAUCAUGGUUCUGGAGGGACUAGGUCGUUCACUGGACCCUGAACUGGACAUCCUAGAGGCAGCUAAACCACUGCUCAUCAAAACUGCUGCUUCUGUCCUCAAAUAGACUCCUGUGGCUGCUGCCCUCUCCCUGUGUGGGGUUACCUGUGCUGUCUGUGAGCCAACACGAGGGAAGCUGAAGUCACGUGUGCCCUGGGGACAUGCUGUGCAAUGGUUACUCUCCAUUAACGUUGCCUUCAGUUGUUUCAGCCGAGCACCAGGCGUGGGAUGAUCAGAAGGUCUAUUCCAGAAACCAGAAGACUUUGCACAAUUGGACAUUUCUGACUCAUUGCACAAUUUUAAGAGCUAAUGUGCUCUGGUAGUUUUAAAACUGACAUACGUAGCUUAGGUGCACAAGAUGACUGCAGCCUGAUGAGAAAAGCAGUUCUACUUGUCUAAAAGUCUUCAAAGAGAUGCUCAUUGAUCAAGUCUGUUUUGAAAUCUAUCAGGUUUAAUAUUUAAUUUACUGACUUACCUGUCACUGUGGUAUAGGAAAUGAUGUUCUAACAUCACCUAAGCAACACAGGCUGAAAAAGCCAAUAAACCUCUUUGUCUUUUGUACUUUUAACUUCUACUUUUAUUGCAGAAGUGUCCCAAGAUCCUGCAUGGAGCGGUCUGUUUUUAGUCAUUUUGGAUGAUAAAAACAGACCAGUCAUUUUGAUUUUUUUUUUUUGUUUUCAAACUUCUGUACUCCAGCACAUUAUUAUGGAAGUUUGAUUAUAAACAGCAUAAUAAAAUAUUUGCCUAGGCAGAAAAACCUAAUUCCAUAAUAAAAAACAACUUCUGGGAA